AUGCCUGCUGCCACCAGUGAUGAACAACUUCAUUUCUUGCUGAAAUGUGUCAAGUACUCGAAUAGUGGAAAGGUGGACUUCGAUGAAGUUGCCAGGGAGUGCAACAUUGUCAGUAAAGGUGCAGCAGCCAAGCGCUACGAGCGCCUGGUGAAAGCCAACGGCAUCAACCCAAAUGGGAAUCCAACACCAGGAACUGGAACUUCGUCUCUGCAGGAAGCCGGCAACAAUGGGCCUACUCCUAAAAAGCCGAGCCCCAAAACUCCCACUAAAGUAAAAUGCACGUUUGGCAUCAAGACCCUCUCUACCCGGAAGCGCAAGCCUACAGACAGAACCAAUAGCACCUCGAAGAGAACCAAGAAUGAGAUGAUAAUUGUAGAUUCAGAGGACUCCAGCUGGGGCGCCGGCAGUAUGGUGAAUGUCAAAAGUGAAGAUAGUGACGAUAAUACCCUCGAUGCAGAUCGCAGAACACCGAUGAAAUUCCGCAACGACCCAUUUUUGUCCCAAGGUUCCGGGGUUGGGGAGGGGAGUAUCCACCGUGAGGAUGGAGAGUUGUAUAGUGAAUUUUGCGCCAUAAAUUCCACAACUAAGAAAUGUGUUUCAGGGGAACCGGGUGAGAAUGGGUUAGACGCGCAUGGUGGCAGUGAGUGCGAUAUUGCUGAAAAUGGAGUAUUUGGAAUGCUGGGCUGCAGCGACGAGGCGUGA